CCAGUGACAGCAGCGCAGUCGACGACAGCCCGCGAGACGAGGCGCGCCAUGGAGGACCUGUGCGAGAUGGACUGCACGGUGCUGAAGCGCUUCCUGAAGGACGACGGCGCCAAGUGCCUGCUGCUGGACUGCCGCUCGUUCCUGGCGUUCAGCGCGGGCCACAUCCGGGGCGCCGUCAACGCCCGCUGCAACACCAUCGUGCGCCGCCGGGCGAAGGGCUCCGCGCUCAGCCUGGACCAGAUCCUGGCCGGGGACGAGGAGGUGCGCGGCCGCCUGCGCUCCGGGAUGUACUCCGCCGCGGUGCUGUACGACGAGAGGACGCCGGACUCGGACGCGGUGAAGGAGGACAGCACCGUGAUGCUGGUGCUCAACGCGCUGUGCAGGGACUCCGCGGGCACGCGCAUGUACCUGCUCAAAGGAGGAUACGACCGGUUUUUCACAGAGUAUCCGGAGUUUUGCUUGAAGACCAAAUCCUUACCGUCCCUCAGCAGCCAGUCCAGCAUCGACUCGGCCUGCUCGUCGUGUGGGACGCCGCACAACGACCAGGGUGGCCCCGUCGAGAUCCUGCCCUUCCUUUACCUCGGCAGCGCCCUCCACGCCUCCAAGAAAGAAGUCCUGGACAGCAUAGGGAUCUCCGCCUUGCUCAACGUGUCGGCCGACUGCCCCAACCACUUCGAGGGGGCGUACCAGUACAAGUGCAUCCCCGUGGAGGACAACCACAAGGAGGACAUCAGCUGCUGGUUCCUGGAGGCCAUCGAGUUCAUAGACUCCGUUCGGGACUCCAGCGGUCGGGUGCUGGUCCACUGUCAAGCGGGCAUCUCCCGCUCCGCCACCAUCUGCCUGGCCUACCUGAUGAAGCGGAAGCGCGUGCGGCUGGACGAGGCCUUCGAGUUCGUGCGCCGCCGCCGCAGCAUCAUCUCGCCCAACUUCAGCUUCAUGGGCCAGCUGCUGCAGUUCGAGUCGCAGCUGCUCGCCACCUCCUGCGCCGCCGAGGCCGCCGCCACCGCCAGCCCGCUGCUGGGACCCAAGUCCAGCUCGGCGGCGGCGGCGGCGGCAGUGGCGGCCUCCUCGCCCACAUCGCCGUUCAUCUUCAACUUCCCGGUGUCGGUGGUGAACCCGGCGUACCUGCACCACAGCCCGCUCACCACCUCCCCCGGCUGCUGAUGGACGGACUUUGUUAUGGACCAGUUCAGUACGUCGACAUGCUUCCAGGGCGGUGGAGGCGAGGAGAACCGACACGGUGCCUGAUUUAGAAAAAAACAAAAAACAAAAAGACUGAAAAGACUAAGAGGGUUGAAAACAAACGAACAGUUUUUUUAAACUGGCGGGCCGGCCGCCGCUCCUCACAGUCCAGAUGAAACCCAAAGUGACCAGAAACGCGGCGGCGGCGUGUUGGACUGAUGUUUACUGGAGACGUUUCCUCUCAGCUGGAGACGGCAGCACAGCGGCUGCGGCGGCGGCGAACACAGAGACACACUGACACACAAACUCCCACACAGAGAGGCACGAGCAGCAGAUACACACUCUCCUCUCCGUCUCUCUCUGCGUCUCUCCCACACACACACACACACACACACACACACACACACACACACACACACACACACACACACACAAACACAUUCAUGACUACCAAACUGAAUAAGCUCAGUAUGAAGACGUGUGUGUGGGGGGGUGUUGCCAUGGAGACGACAGGUCUUUAGGAGAGGAGAUGGACACAGGAAGGAAGGAGGAAUUUUAAGCACCCUGCUCUUUCCCCUUUGGGUGUCCCUCCUGUUUGCCAGACAAAAGAGAUGGAUGAAAAAAAAAAAAAGGAAAUGGUGAUAGAAAGCAGGUGCUCUGACCGGAGCUUCCUCUCUCCCCCCCACACACACGCACACACCUUCCUCUCCUCUCAUCUCCUUUUCAUCCCUUUAUAUUCCCUCCCUCCCGCUCAUCCUCUCAUCUCUGCCUCUCAUCUCUCCUCUCGGCUCCGCAUCUCUUCCCCGAAGACGCCGGAUAAAUAAGAGUAGAUGCCAAA